CCGGCUGCGUGGAUUUUGCAUGUGCGCUGAAAUUUAACCAUAAACCUAAAGUACUUCUAGGACCUAUAUUUUUUCCCUCUCUCCGUUUAGAGAGGAGAUAACUAUUAAUUAACACUGUAUAAAGGAAAGACCACUGGAGUUAUGAAUUAUUUAAGCAUUCUCUCCCGAUUGGUGCCUCUUCUUCUGAUUCUCACAGGGUCCGUCAGGAGCUCGGAGGACGAGACCCGUCUGGUCAAGGACCUGUUCACGGGCUACAACAAGGUGGUGCGGCCUGUGAGUCACUUCAAGGAUCCAGUGGUGGUGACCGUGGGGCUGCAGCUCAUUCAGCUCAUCAGUGUGGAUGAGGUCAAUCAGAUCGUCACCAGCAACGUGCGACUGAAGCAGAUAUGGAAAGAUGUGAAUUUACAGUGGAAACCAGACGACUACGGUGGAAUUAAAAAGAUUAGAGUGCCGUCCACUGACAUUUGGCGCCCUGACCUUGUUCUCUACAACAACGCUGACGGUGACUUCGCCAUCGUGCACGAGACCAAAGUGCUGCUCGAGCACACGGGCAUGAUCACGUGGACGCCGCCCGCCAUCUUCAAGAGCUACUGCGAGAUCAUCGUCCUGCACUUCCCCUUCGACCUGCAGAACUGCAGCAUGAAGCUGGGCACCUGGACCUACGACGGCAACCUGGUGGUGAUCAAUCCGGACAACGACCGGCCAGACCUGAGUAACUUCAUGGAGAGCGGCGAGUGGGUGAUGCAGGACUACCGCAGCUGGAAGCACUGGGUGUACUACGCCUGCUGCCCCGACACGCCCUACCUGGACAUCACCUACCACUUCCUCAUGCUGCGCCUGCCCCUCUACUUCAUCGUGAACGUCAUCAUCCCCUGCAUACUCUUCUCCUUCCUCACCGGCCUGGUCUUCUACCUGCCCACCGACUCCGGGGAGAAGAUGACCCUCAGCAUCUCUGUCCUGCUGUCCCUCACGGUGUUCCUGCUGGUCAUCGUGGAGCUCAUCCCCUCUACCUCCAGCGCCGUCCCUCUCAUCGGGAAGUACAUGCUCUUCACCAUGGUCUUCGUCAUCGCCUCCAUCAUCAUCACCGUCGUCGUCAUCAACACCCACCACCGCUCACCCAGCACCCACACCAUGCCGCAGUGGGUACGCAAGAUCUUCAUCGACACCAUCCCCAACAUCAUGUUCUUCUCCACCAUGAAGCGGCCCUCCAAGGAGAGGGAGGAGAAGCGCAUUCUUGCUGUCGACUUUGACAUCUCGGACAUUUCGGGCAAGCCCACCCCUCCCUCUGUCACCUUCCAGUCCCCCAUCACCAAGAACCCCGAUGUCCGCAGCGCCAUUGAGGGGGUCAGGUACAUCGCAGAAACCAUGAAGUCUGACGAGGAAUCCAACAGUGCUGCUGAGGAGUGGAAGUUUGUUGCCAUGGUGCUGGAUCACAUUCUGCUCUGGGUCUUCAUGGGCGUGUGUAUCAUCGGCACCAUAGGCGUGUUCGCCGGGCGCCUCAUCGAACUUCACAUGCAACGCUAGGCAACCCAGAGUCCGGCGAGGAGCCUUGAACCCACAGUCCCACAGGAGGUCACUGAGGCACCCACCUGCAGCCUUUUGUACCAUCCCUGCCGCUCCUCUGACAUUCAAACCAUCGUGCCACGCUGCCCUGUCACGGUAGCUGCUGGUUAUCAAAGCAUAGCGGUUUUUAUUAUUUAUCAAGAUAUUGCGGUCAAUCUUUUUAUUUGUAAUCUCUGGGGAGAGAUAGCGUGUAAAUCAGGGGUUUAAUUAACCGCAAAUGAGAGCGUGGGUUUGCAUACACUCGUCUUUGACUAAACAGACAGUGGGAUUAUGUGGGAUCUCUGAAAAGCUGAACGGUGCUGUCAUUUGGCAGGUGCGCAGCAGCCAGGCGAGGGCAGUAAAAGUGUCAUACAGCACUGGGAAACUGUGAGACAAAGAUCACACUUAUUCAACCUUGUUUUUAGCAGGUACAGGUCACUGUGUGAUUUUUUACCGGUUUUUAAAGGGGGGAGAGGGUGGGUUAAGUAUGGAAUGAAAACCUUGGAGCAGCUUUCAGCAGGAUUGUGGACCGCUACAGAGCUGCAUCCAGACAUGGACCAGCUUUAGGGUCCUGACUGGUAUCCUCUAGGACUGGCUCAGUGGGUGGAAGCAGAGAGCAGAGCAGUUAGACUGCAUUAACUGUUGAACCAGGGGGCAUUCACUCUCUCUGGUGCCUGACCAUUUGUGCCAGAUUUUGAUACCUUUGUUUUUUUUUUUUAUUGGUAGCAGUGAAAAAAUAGAGGAAUGACAUUCUCAACUUUGCUCUGAAAUAUAUAUCCUCUCUGUGGUUGGGUUUGCCUCAGUCUUAUAGUUUUUUUUUAAUUGUGUGUUACUUCUCACUGAUAUGGGUUGAGAAAUGUUUUUUUUUAUUGAAUUUAAUAGUGGUGGUUGCCAGAGGGACUGACGAUUCUUUUGAGAGUCUUCACUACAUUGCGCUGAAUUUGAAAUUGUGGUAGCAUGAAUAUUUUUAAGUAUGUGUACUUAUUUCAUUCUGAUCUCUCUCAGAAGACCCUUGCAUUAUCUUGAAUCACUAUAGCAACAACAAUGUUAAGGCUUUGACCGCGUGAAAUUGAAUUAACACCUGUUUUGUUUACU